CCCUCUCUGUAGAUUUGCGUAUCCUGUCAGUGAGCUAGCACUUCCGGUUGAACGGCCCCAUGUUUCUGGACGCCAUCUUCUUUAUACCCACACUCUUCACUUACCUGCUGAUCGGACUGCUAAUCGUCAUCCUGUGCUUCGUGGUGGUCUAUAUAAGCCACAAGAUCUACGUGUCUGUGUACGACAAUCUGCCGCUGGCCGCCCUGCCCGGAACAUCACGUCAACAGCUCCUGGGAUUGCGUCACUCCAACCAUGCGAUGACCAUGCGGGAAUACCUGGACGGCUCGCUGCGCAAUCCUCGCUCCAAUCAGCCCAGCCUGCGCUCCGUUUGGAUCCAGAACCGCUCGCAGAUCCUGGAGUCGUCGUCGGUCCUGCGCAUAGUGCUCUCCCUGGAGCCCUGCUACCUGGUCAGCGCCGAGUUCGAUGUGAGUUCCAGUCGCAAGGCCAUAAGUUUUUUGUGCAACUGCCGGGAUGGGCCCGUGUGUGCUGCCGCAGAGCCGAGGCCUUCGGGAUCCGUGCACAUAGUUCGGUUCUUUGAUCACCUCUCAAAGAUCCCGCGCCUCAAGGUCAUGCUCAAGUGCAACCAAAGGCGGCCGGAACCGAGGCUGGACAGCCGGACGCAGUUGACCCUCGAAGAUGUGAUCCAGGAGGCGAAGGAAAGUCAGGAUGCCCAGUGCACGGAUACCGCCGCUGCCUGUCGUCCCGUGAGCUCGCGUCGAAACUCCCGGCUACCGGAUUAAGCGGGUGUUGGCAUUGGAUAAUAGGGGGUGAUAGGCCGUCUUUAUAGCCACAGAAUGCCUUAAUGUGGUAUAACUCGUUUUAUUAAAUUGUAUACAAAGAUCAAUGGGGUGGAGGCUCCACGGUCGACGGGUGGGUCAGUGGGUCGGGCGCUGAGCUCACGCCAGCUUAUGGGAAUCGCGUGACAACGAAGGUGAAAGUCAGUGGAACAGGGGCGUGCGUAUGUUUGCUAGCAGGGGUUAAAGUUUCCCUCUCUGGGAUUUUUAAUAUUUCUACAAAGUAAGGAAUGGUUUCCCCAUUUUAUUUGUUUUCUAUUAAUUGAAAGCUUUAUGCUUUAUGUUCCUAUUAGCUUUUCUAAGAUUAACAAGGCUUAUACUAUGUAUAAUCUAAAAUUAAGUUAUUAUUGCGCAUUUAAUGGCAUAAUAAACAAAUCAACAUUCCCAACAGCUUUUCCCGGAACAAAUCUAUAUCAAUCCAUAGCCGAAACAAAUCUGAAGUCUACAACUGAUUAGGUAUUUGUUGGAAAUGGGGAUCAAGUUAGUCACGUUUCAUUAAAAUUGUUGGUGUUUAGCUAUAAAAGGAUAGAUAUUGAUAAAAAUUCUGGAAGUUAGUGGUAGUUUAAAGGACUGGCAUAAGCCAAGCAAUUCAUAAAAGAUCAUAAACAAAUAAACUUUAUAGGGCUUUAAAUCAUUUUUCUAAAUAUUUUAAUAUUAUAUUUUUUAUAGUGUUUUCUAUAUUAAUAAAACUUUGGUGAGUUGCAAUAUUUUUUUUAUUUUUUAAGAUCCUAAUUUCCUGUAUACCCAAAGAAAGAAAUAAUUUAUGCCCACUCCCAUGACCCACAAUCUUAAUUUGUGUGGCCCGUGUUUUUCGAGGCUU